CGAUAACAAUUACGAUGUUCUUGCACGUAGAGGAAUGUUAGUAUGUGGUGUGAUGCAGAGAGCAGUACAAGUAUAAGAAUAUCUUGUAAACAGUCGCAUUAGUGUGCUUUAAAUGUAUUUUUUUAUUUGCUUAACCUGUUCAUCUAUCAUAGCGUUGAAUAAAAUAAAACAACAAUAACAGCAAUGAAUAUAGCCGGCCUUAUCGGUAUCAUUGUCUUCUACAUUCUUAUUCUGGUGGUUGGCAUAUGGGCGGCUCGCAAGAAGAAACCAGCAGAGGAGGGUGGUGAGGAGACUGAUGAAAUUAUCUUAGCAGGAAGAAGCAUUGGUUGUUUUGUUGGUACUUUUACAAUGACCGCAACAUGGGUUGGUGGCGGUUACAUCAAUGGAACUGCAGAAUUAGUAUACACUGAUGGUAUGUCAGCUGCGCAAGCACCAUGGGGUUAUGCUAUUAGUCUUAUAAUAGGUGGUCUAUUGUUUGCUAGAAAAAUGCGCAAAGAAGGUCACGUGACCAUGCUGGAUCCGCUGCAAAUCCAAUACGGUAAAAUCAUGGGUGGAAUACUAUAUUUGCCAGCGUUAUUGGGCGAGACGUUUUGGUCGGCCGCCAUCCUUGGUUCGCUGGGUGCAACUUUAAGCGUAGUGUUGGAAGUUCAUAUCGAUUACGCUGUCAUCGCUUCCGCUUGCGUUGCAGUAGGUUACACAUUUUUUGGUGGUCUUUACGCCGUGGCGUUUACUGAUGUUGUGCAGCUAUUUUGCAUAUUCGUUGGACUGUGGCUUACCAUUCCAUUUGCAUUGACUCAUGAUAAUGUGAGUUCUCUGUCUACAAAACAAACUGAAAUUGUUGGCAAAAUAGAGGAUCGCCAUCUUGGUGUGUGGAUCGACUCUGCGCUGCUUUUGUGUCUUGGAGGUAUUCCCUGGCAAGUAUAUUUCCAACGUGUAUUAUCAGCGAAAUCUGCAAGAUACGCACAGAUGUUGUCAUUCACAGCUGCUUUUGGUUGUAUAAUCAUGGCUCUCCCCGCCAUCUUGAUCGGCGGCAUCGCUAAAGCAACAGAUUGGGAUACUGUUAUAAACGACAACUCGACGAAAUAUCUAAAAGCUGAUGGAAGUAUCGACGACAAACGCCUCGUGUUACCAUUAGUUUUGCAGUAUUUAACGCCCACAUGGGUGUCGUUCAUUGGACUGGGCGCCGUGUCGGCUGCUGUCAUGUCUUCUGCAGACUCGUCGGUCUUAUCAGCCAGCUCAAUGUUUAGUUAUAACAUAUACAAACUUGUCAUACGGCAAAAGGCAUCUGGUAAAGAAUUAAUAUGGGUGAUUCGUGUUGGAAUCUUCGUGGUGGGUGCUAUCGCGACAGUGAUGGGUUUAACCAUCGAAAGUAUUUACCAGCUUUGGGUGCUCUCUUCAGACUUGGUGUUCGUGCUGUUAUUUCCGCAGUUGCUAUGUGCAGUAUACUUAAAGUUCGUGAACGUUUACGGUUCCAUAUGCGCCUUCUUUGUUGGAGCUGUGCUGCGUAUUUUGGGUGGGGAAUCAACCCUAGGUAUACCGAUCAUGAUAAGGUACCCGUUUUAUGACGAAGAAAAAGAAAUGCAACUGUUUCCGUUUCGAACCUUUGCAAUGGGGUGUUCUUUGUUGACUUUAAUUGUUGUCUCGCUUAUUACAAACAGUAUGUUCAAAUCUGUGAAAGGCACUCAGAGGUCGCCAGAUGAAGUGGAUAUCAUUAGAAUUAGUUAUAACAAAGAGCCUGAACAGGAGAAGGUGACGUCAUUUUCUAGAAUUAGCCGCUGGUCCGGUAGUUACAAUAACAUCACUGCAAGUGCUUCUGAGAUAAAAGGCAGGGAAGAUAAGUCAUUGCUUAAAACUACCCUAACGCGAACCGAAUCGGCUCGUAAUACUAGUAAUUUUGAAAUGUAAAUACGCUAGUUCUGAUUCUAGACUUUUCAACAUUUACAUGCGUGUUUAAAGAAUGUUAUCGCGCUAAUAUCAAUACGUACACCUAUUUGCGCCUAGGUUUUGUGCGAAGAUUUUCAAAACCGCAACGAAAUCAAAAAAUGUCACUCGCAUGUUGAUCUUUUAGUUCCAAGAAAACUUGCUUGUUCCUUGCCAUUGGGAUUUCAAUGCUGGUAAUUGCAUUAGAAGCCGUGCCCAUUUAAUCUUAAAACUGCUAUGAUUUUACUCUUUGUUUUUGUAAUAUUGGAAGCGUAGCUUGCAUAAAUGAUACGUAAAGGGAAGAAAUUUUCGCGGAAGCUUAGUUUCGCAAAUGCAAUACAACGACCGAAGUUUUGUCGAAAAACGUAUUGUUACGAUACCUUUAGUAUUUAGCAAGUAUCAAAUUGUGUAAUUUUCGUACAUAAAUAUUCACGGCUACGGGUAAAGUAACAAAAGUAAUUGAUAGGAUUUUCUUCGAAGAUUUAGCGGGACCAACUUUUAUCAGGAACUAGUUUAUGCGAAGUUUUCUUUCUGAUAUUUUUUUGAUUUCUAUUGAUUUUUGCAUGCUUCAUAUCUUGCAAGCUUAAUUUUACACAUUUUGAGUUGGUAAACAUUUUUUUAGUCAUUUUUUUGCUUUUUAACCUUUUUGUUUAUGUGAGAGGCUGGGCAGGACGAUUGUCGAAAAGAAAGGUUUGCUGGAAUGAUUUGUCCCGCCUUAAUAUGGAAAAAAAUUUAUCGGGAUCUCAUUUAUUAUUAUUUAGAGGAACUUUUUAUUUUUUGAAUUUAAAUUUGCAGAAGGUGUGUCGUUCGACCCGGGACGGUGUGUUAUAUGGAAAAAAGGUCCAGCCUGAGCUGAGAGACAAAAACUUUCCAUAUAAACACAAAGUGAUUUUUAGUACGCUUAUUGUUGAAGGCGGGGUCCGUCCCGUCCUGCCUUUUAUUUAAACAGCUCCUUAGCGCUUUAUGAUGUUAAAUUUGUUUUUAUUUGCAUAUAAUUUUUAUUUUUUGACAAUGUUAACACUACUGAUAAUCAGAUCGACAUUUUUUUUUUUACAGUGGAUAGAUUUAAGCUAUGGAUUUUAUGGACCUAAUGUUUUUGUAUAUUUUACUGAUAUUUAUUGAUUAGCUUUGUGCUGUUUCAUUGUUAUUUAAUUCCAAUCCAUCAUACUAUUUAAAUCCUUUACAAUAUUUAAUUGUAUUUUAUCUGUUAUCCGCUACUUUGCGGAACGGAAACGUUUUCUCAGCCAAUGAAUGUGCUCCUCCUUCACCCUCCACCAACUGAAGAUUUUUAAUCUAAAUUACACUGCGGUGAGUGCAUUCUCAUAAUUCUUGUGCUAUUACCAUAUGGCCAUGGUAUGGCGUUUUCGUCUCGUAAUUUCUAAGGUUGUAAAUAUUCUUGGGGCCCGAGCUAGGUAGUUUUCACUUUUUUUUUCUAUUUUACCAUGCUUUAAAUUUUAUGAGGAACUUAAGUUGUCAGACAUUUUAUAUUAUAUAGCAGAUUAGGUCUGUUACUGAAAGAAAUAUUAACAUGAUAGAAAA